AUACGUCUUCCAGGUAGAAUGCAUACCCGUGAGUAUUUCGCCCGUCAAAAGCCAGACAACAAAUCAAAGGUUACUGCGGAUAGCCUCUUUGUUAAUUCAGCAGCCGACAAAAAGGCCUACGUUCUAAAGGAUGAACGCAAGGUGGAUCAAAAGUUAAUUGAUAAACGCGUGAUUUCCGCAAUCAAGCAGACCAAAACUGCCAAAAUGCUAUUCGCCUACCUCCGAUCACAAUUCAGCCUCAGUCGCACGGACAGGCCCCACAAAAUGGUCUUUUAG